AUGUCCCACAUCACUCAAUCACUCAUGCUCACAUCUGCCGACGGUACCAAGAUUUAUGCGGACGCAUCAGGAGAUUCCACCAAACCUGCAAUUGUAUUCAUACACGGAGUUUCGCUUAGCUCUGUCGUAUGGAAUGACAUAUUUUGUGAUACCAAAUGGACCGACCUAUUCUAUCUGGUGAGAUAUGAUACUCGCGGUCAUGGUCGAAGCGGAAUGCCCACUUCUCCAUCUGCGUGGGAAUCUCAGCGUCUUGCGGAAGAUUUCGAUGCCGUUGUAGAAGGCUUCAAUUUAAGAAGACCUUUUGUAUUGGGAUGGAGCCUAGGAGGUCUGUGUGCUUCGGUUCUCGUCGCGAAGCCGCUUGAAACUAAUACGAAUCUAGCCACACACAUCGUAGACAUCCUUGCGCUUCACCCCGGAAAGGAAAAAUACCUCUCUGGAGCUAUUCAUCUCACAGGAGUGCCCUUCAUGGGUCCUGGAAUCGGCCAGGCCGGAACACAGUUCGCACUCGGUUGCCUGCCCUCCCUAAAUCAGACAAAUGAUGUGGAAAAAUUCCAAGAUGCAUCUCGGAGAUUCGUCAACGGGUGCUCCAAACACGCUUCAUUCGAACUCAAAUCACUCUGUUUGGGAAAUUUUGUCACUCAGCCGCGAGCUGUAACCAAAUUUGUAUUCACCCGUGAGCAAGAUGCAACCGAAUUCUUCAGAGCUGGGGAGAACGGGUUUUUACCGCUGCUAGCGAUAGCCUGUACAGACGACUUGAUAGUGAAUGGGAGGUCGGCUGCUAGUGCCUUGGGCUCUUGGAAGAAUCUCAAGGUAGUCGAUAUUGAAGGAGCUGACCAUAUGCCCUGGUUAUCACAUUCGGAAGCGAUGCGAGGCUUAAUCGCCGACUGGGUGAAAGGGGUUCUGGAUUCCUAA